AACAUCAAUUUAUCAUUAUUGACAUUCAAAUUCGUGCCGUCGCUUCAAAAGAACCCGAUUAAACAGUAGUCCAAAUAAUAAGCACUUAUUAUGUGCCCACAGCACAAAAAACUUAAUAGGUAGAUAGUUCAAGAUGCACACAAACACGUGCCACCGCAUCUGCCGAAACGGCUUCCAUAUUUAAGGGCAAGCUGCAUCAAGCAGAAGGCACUCGCAUUUGUAACUUGUAAGCCACGGCAAUUAUGAAGCUUCUAUUAACAAUUAUUUGGUUGGUCUGCAUCUGUACAGGCAUUGCACAGAAUAUUGAGCAACUGAUAGCAGAAAAUACAAAAGAGUUAAAUGAAACCAAAGCACUGCUAAGUCAUAUCGAUGCCACCAACGAAAAUAUCAAAAAUAGUAUCGAGCAGCAACGCGGCUGGCUGGAUGCGAUCAAAAAUGUAGAUGGUUUGCUAGGCAAACUUAACGAUUUUCUCGAUGCACAAUCUGUGGUUGUUCAUGAGGCAUUGAGUAAUAUCACAAUUAGGUCUGGUAUACAUACGGACCGUGUGUCCAAAGAACUGGGAAGCUUAGCCCGAUUGCAGAUCUCAACGAAACAACAAAUCAGCGCGCUGGAACAAAAGCUAGAUGGAUAUCAGAAACAUGUGAUCCAGAAUGCACGCAGCAUCGACAACAACAUAUUAGAUCUGACCAAAUUAAUAACACGAGCUGUUCUGCCGCAGUUGAAUGGACUGCAGUGUUCCUUUGACAGCCUAGAAACAUCCCAAAUCAACAUAGAAGUGGAACUAAAGAGUCUGGCACGCAUCAAGGAUAUUAACGAGGAUUCUAAUCUCAAGUUGGUUACAUUGGCUAAUCAGCUGUUUGACUUGAAUCGCACACAGGAUUCACGUUUUGGAAUGCUCACGCAUGCUCUGUCUCAACUGAAGCCUCUAAAGACAUGGCAAAUUGAAAGUGCCUUAAGAGAGUUGAUCGUCUCCCAGAAACGUAUCGAGCUGGACCUGGAGGCAUGCGAUCAGCGUCCUAUAUCCCAUUAUGCCAAACAAUCUAGCUCUUCUUAUGUCUCCUAUGAGAAUGAGUCGCCCAAUACCGCGGACCCUAUUCCUGCGCAAGUCUGGACCCAUAGUGAGCCCAAUCAGCGAAGUUCUUACUAUACCAGCGUUAAUUCGCCUAAGCCAAUGACUGGUAAUCCAAAAAAUCCCAACUACAGUUCUUAUGUAGUCUCACCUGCCAAGCACAUCAGUUCCAGCUCCAGUUCAGUUUCCUGGCAGCAACCUCUGCCUUGGGAAACUAUGUCUGCCUACCAAUCUGCUCCAGCACCUGUGUCCAAGCUCAAGCCCGACCCCUUGGCCUGGUCCACUGAGUCACACAAGCCCUAUCUGCCCGCUCCUAAGCCUCGUCAAUCUGGUCCCGUAAGCAGGAGACCAGCUCCUAAUCCACAGCCAUGUGUCCAGAAUCAAUAUUCGCAGAAUCCACAGCGCUCUUCCGCUAGUUAUGGACCACCAGCACCGCCGGCUCAAUCUUAUAACACGCAAGCACAAAAACAAGGCCAAACAUCGCUACAUGAACAUUAUUCGCUCUGGCACGGCAGCAACUCACCAUCGGAAGGCUACUAAAGAAAGUCAACAUCAAAGUUUGUGAAAUUUGCAAAUGAUUUU